AUGGAUCGUACUCUUGACGAGAUCGUGGCUGAACGACAUAGGAACGGUGGACCCAGAGGGCGUCGUGGCGGCCGAAGAAAUGAAUAUCCUCGUGACGGCGUAAGAAAGUCGACUCGAGACGACCACAGAAACAUAGAUUCCGAAUGGGUUCAUGAUAAGUUCGACAAUGACUCGGAUCGCCGACCAGCUCCCCGGAGACGCUAUUCCCCAGAGCCAAUUUACGAGACCUCAAGCGCAAAGCUCCGUGUUGAGAACCUACACUACGAUUUGACAGAAGAAGAUUUGGAUGAUCUCUUCAACCGAAUCGGACCCGUCCUUAAACUCUCGCUCACAUACGAUCGUGCUGGUCGCUCUGAAGGAAUUGCAUAUGUUACAUACGAGUCAGCCCAUGACGCGAAACGAGCCAUUCGAGAAUUUGACGGUGCAAAUGCGAAAGGUCAACCUAUCCGGUUGAUUUCCAUUCCUGCGGGUCCUGCAGCAUCGCGCCGAAAUCCGUUUGAUUCUGCAGUUCGCCCUCGUUCGUUGGCGGACCGAAUCACACUUGCUCCUGGGGCCCGAUCCCGUUCCUUAUCCCCAGUGCGUCACUCAGAUGUUAGCGGGCCAGCACCUAGCAAUGUGGACCGCUAUGUUCCAGGUCAGCAUAGCCGCUCCCGCAGCCCUCUGCCCCGCCGAAGAGACGGCCGACGACCAGGUGCAAGAAGGGAGAGAGGCGAUCGAGGUGGACGAGGGGGUGAGAGACUUGCCAAAGAUGGAAGACCCAGAAAGACCCAAGAGGAGCUGGAUGCUGAGAUGGAAGACUAUUGGGGCGCGAAGGAAAACGGCAACGAACCUGCUGCUGCUGCUGCUACAGAGGCCCAGGACGACGUUGAUAUGAUUGAGUGA